AUGUCAUCCCAAACCAACCAAGGAGCCUCUCAGGCCCACUAUACGAUCAUCAGAGGCACUCACAGACGCGACCCGAACUUCAUUAACUGCCUCAACUCGGAUGGAGACCCAUCCAAAUGGAGAGAAACUGGUCCGACCAUCGACAGCACCGGUGCCACGUGCUACUGGAAAGCGGACGACUCGGAGUGUCAAGCCUUGACCGAGAGGUGGAAGAAAACCUGUGGCAAGACGGCUGCAAAACUGCUGGGUCUGACCGAAGAUGCAACCGAUGAAGAUUGGAGAAUACAUGACUUUCCGAAGGGCUAUAAGCUGUACAGACACCUCAAAGGCCAACGAGAGGAUGUCUAUCUAUUCGGUUCUGAGCACGUCACCAAGUUCAGGACGGCCAACGAAUUCAGUCCCCACUUCCACUGGCUCUGCACCUACACGCCCACAGCCGCCAACAGGAUCUAUUGUAAAUGCAAGUACUGCACGGGCGCCAAGACUCAAGGAUCAAUAAACACAUCCUUGGGACUGACUGACAAUCCGAAGCGAUUCAGUUCACCUCUCUUCGACUCAAGAUCUGCGAGUCUUAACAAACGUAAGGCUGAAGAGGAGAUGGCCAAGGAGAAUUAUCGAAAGCGAACAAAUACUGACUCAGCGCCAGGAACGAGGGCCCCACGCAACACUGGCAGGCCUCAGUCACGUAGAUCAAUGCCCGCAAAUGCGUUGAAUUCAGUCCCAGGCGGGGGCGGAACUGGCCGAAGGCAGCAACCCUUCUCGGGGCCGUAUGUCAAUAAAGAUCGGGAUCGGGACCUCUCAGAGAUCAAAUGUACUUUUAGGAUGGCUGAGUUGGUGUGGUGCAAGUUGGAUCGACCGAUCGAUGGCGCCAAAGAAGGUAAACCGGAUCUGAAGAUCGACUACUGGCCUGCGAUCUGCGAAGAAAGAGUGUUGAUCACACACUCCGAAGUGUCCAGGGAACCUAAGCCCCCAGCAACAGAAUGGAUUCCUCCAGCCAACGGUUCUACUUCGCCCCCUCCCCCCUCCCCUCCCUCCCUCAAAGUUCAACAAAAAUAUCAGUGGAAGGUCCGACUACUGGCGACCUGCGAUGUCUAUUGCAAAGACGAAUCGCAACUUUUACCUUAUCUCAAUUACCCCCCUCCGCUUAGCAUCUACAAGUUACCGAUCCAGCCACAAACCUUAAAGCACAUUCACGAUGGUCAUGAAACUGACCGACCUUCGAUCGCCUCUCUCACUACUCUCUCCGAAGCGGUGACCCCAUUUGCACUAAGUCUCCAGAUCACUGCGCAUAUCAAGAAAAGUUAUACUCUGAUGGAUAGAUAUGACAUCGCAUACCUAAAGAGGCUCGAAGCACGCGGGCAGAAUAUCCCGAUAGAGGACAUCCAGGUUCUUUAUGAAGACUCAACCCUACCAUGGUAUCAAUUCAUAUGGUGGGGCGCGGAAAAGAUUUGGUCGGGCGAAUUGGUUAGGAUGAUCGUCUCGGCACCAGACCUACCCACAGGACUCAGAUCGAUCGCACAAGACGCUUCAUCCCGCUGUUUCUUCCUCAAGAUCACAGGGAUCUAUCGGAGCAACGAUGAAAAGGGCAUGGUCAAAGGACCGAUCUUCGAGUUGGCCCCGGUCGCCGCCCGAGCUCAGGAUGCAGCCAUCAACGAUCCUGACUUCUUCGAAUCCGACAAGUUGCCUGGGAUCCAGCAAGUCAACCGAUACAUGCCUAAACCACCCAGUGGCUACUACUUCAGAAGACUCACCCCCGUCGGGAAGGAGCAUCAUCUUGUCCUAGGGCACAUCGCUGGAAGGUACUAUCCUUCCCAACCCAUGUCUGCUUUGAACCCUACGAACGGGGUCAAUGACGAUCCGCCUAUUCCAAUGAGCAUCGAAGGAAGGUCUUUGAUUCUGUCUGGGAUGGCUGAGGGAAGAUGGCUCCACAUGCACUGCGAAACAUGGGCAGUAGAUCGCAAGGAAUGCUUCAAGGAAGCCGAAGCAUCGGCCGAAAAAGAGCUCAUAGAGUUUUGUGCGAAGCCGCAACCCGAUGAACAAACUAAGGUGACGACGAUAGUUACGGUUGAGCCGAGCAACAAGGCUCAAGUGGUCGAACGUGCGCCUAAUGGUACGGAUCAACCGACUGCGAGUACUGGCAUUGAACCCAUCGUCACAACAGUUAUCGAACCCACCGCCGGUACUGCAGUCGAUCCUAUCCUCCGGACCGGGGUCGAGCCCAGUCUUGUAGAUAAAUCGGCAGUCAGUACUGUGUCCAACCCAGUCUUGAGUACUACUACCGUCGAACCCACCAUCAGUGCUGUCGUUGAAUUCGCCUCCAGCGCUGUCGUACAAUCCACCGUCAGCAAUGCCGUCGAUCCUGUCCUCAGCAACAUGGUUGACCCCGCCAUCAGUGCCCUGACAUCCAGUGUGGUUGCACCCAUCAUCAAUAAUGGGUCCCAUGCUCAGUCAUAG